AUGUAAAUCGAGUUUGAUUAAUACUUGUCUUUGCUAAGUUAUUUGGAUGAAGAAACUAAUAUAAAGAUUAGAAAAUAAUAUCUUUAGAUUGAAAAUAAUCUAUCAAAACCAUCAAAGUAGAAAGAAUCUCAAAGAAAACUAUUGAAGUCUUUAAUACAAAUAUUUUUUUUAAUUGUUAAAACAUAACUUAUAUUCAUGUACGUGAUAAUGUGUGGAACCUAGUCUCAAAAUUGCUUAGCAAAUCUGCAAUGGAUGGUAGAUAACAAAUAGAAAAUUCAAAAAAUUAAUAUUUCAUUAAAAGAAAUGAACCAAAAUGAAGAUGAUGUCUUAGUGAAACUUGUAAUUAAUACUUAUCAGAAAAAAUUAUCUUAAAAAUGCAACAAAUCUACAAUUAAUUGUUAAAAUUUGUAAGAGAUAGGUGGAUUUAUAAAUUAAACUCCUCAAUACAAAGGUCCUUGGGUUGUAAAUGUAGAAUUUUAAUUUAUGAAAACCAUGUUAAAUCAUAGGAAAAACUGGUAAAUUGUUGCUUCUGAAAUGAAAAAUCAGAGAACUGAGAAUUCUGCAAAUAUAUAUAAGUUCAAAUUUUAAAAAGCUUGA